AUGGAUAAGUCAAAGAAGACUAAAAUGAAUGCAGUCAACCAGUCUCAGCAGGGGACAGUCACAGACCACUGGAACCAUUCCUCAAUGGCUGGCUUUGACCUCACCAGCCUUUUCAAUCACAGUCAAAUGCACCUGUUCCUCUUCAGCAUUGUUGUAUUGAUCUAUGUCCUUGCAGUAACAGGCAAUGUGACCAUGGUCUUUCUGAUCUGGGUGGAUUCCAGGCUCCAUUCGCCCAUGUACUUCUUGCUUAGCCAACUCUCCUUCCUAGACAUUUUCUUCACCUCAGUCACAGUCCCCAAGAUGAUGGUGGGCUUCCUCUAUGGUUGGACAAGUAUUUCUUUUGGGGGAUGUGGGGCCCAGAUGUUCUUUUUCAUGUUCUUGGGGGCAGCAGAAUGCCUGCUCUUGGCCCUCAUGGCCUAUGACCGCUAUGUCGCCAUUUGCAACCCCCUCCGGUACCCCCUACUGAUGGGCAGGCAGACCUGUUGCCUCAUGGUAAUUGCUUCGUGGCUUGGUGGGUCACUGAAUGCUUCCAUCCAGACCAUUCUGACUUUACAGUUUCCCUACUGUGGCUCAAGGAAGAUUGCCCACUUCUUCUGUGAGGUGCCCUCCCUGCUGCAACUUGCCUGUGCUGACACAGCUGCUUAUGAAAAAGUGCUAUUUGUCACAGGAGUGGUGGUGUUGCUGGUACCUAUUGCCUUUAUCACUAUGUCCUAUGCCCUGAUCCUGGCUGCUGUGCUUCGGAUGAAGUCCGCUGAGGGGCGCCACAAAGCAUUGGCCACAUGCUCCUCCCACUUGACAGUGGUCAACCUUUUUUAUGGGCCACUUGUAUAUACCUAUAUGUUGCCAGCCUCCUAUCACUCUCCGGGACAGGAUGAUAUAGUAUCUGUCUUCUACACAGUUUUCACACCUAUGCUUAAUCCCAUCAUCUACAGCCUGAGGAAUAAGGAGGUCUCAGGGGCAAUGAAGAAGGUAAUAGGAAAAUGUAAAGUCACUAGAAAUGGGUAA